AUGCACGGAGUACAGUCAAAUGCUGCCUUAGUCGGACGGUCUUGGCGUGUCCUGUCAACCACCGAGAUCAUCACCGAUACGUACCAGUGCACAACUAUUGCAAAUCAAUCAAUCCAUUGCAAUUGCAAUAAUAACUACGGAGUAUAUUCCUACGAACAACCGCGACACAAACAAACAAACAACCGCAAGAGAAAACCAGGGAAAAGAGACGAGAGGAAAAAAACAAUGCCACCGACAAAACAGGAGCUUUCGCUCCUUGUCCACCCACUCGUCCCGGAAGCGGUGCAGCAUAACAAUCGGGUCCUUUCCCAACUCCGCUCCCUAACAGCCUUCCUCCUCGGCAUCUCAGCCGGAAUCCUCGGUCUGCAAUCCACCGCGGGGUUUCUGUACUACCUCGUCGGCAUGGCAUUCGUGUCAGCGCUGGUGCAAGUCUUCCUCAUCUGGCGCACUCCGGAAGGACGAGUUGCUGGCGCGGGGGCGUUUUUUCCUGGAAGUAGUGGGGGGGAGAUUGAGGGGAUUGAGCAGCAGCAGCAGCAGCAGCAGAGGUGGGGGUGGAUUAAUGCUGGUGAGGAGAAGAAGACGAAUAACAAGAAGGUGAUUGCGAGAAAGGGUGCUUGGAGAGAUGUCUGGCUUGGUGGGGGUGUUAUGGGUGAGGCGUUGAGUGGGUUUGUCUUGGGUUGGGCUGGGGUUGGGGGUGUGUUGCGAUGA